AGUAUUAGAAAUGAAUAAAAUUGAAGUUAUGAAACAAGGCAAUUAAGUCACAAAUCAAUUAAGAGAUGAAUUAGUUCAUUUGUUUUCUAUUACAGAUACAAAGGAUCCCUAUUUAUUAAGUAAAAGAGCUGAAUCUAUAAAAUCUGAAAUUGAAUAAAGAUUUAGUAAAUAAUCAAUAUCAUUGUUAGAAUAUCGUUGGAGUAUAAUAUUAUAUUCUAAUGAUUCUUAAAUGGAGUUUUCUUUUGUUUAUGGUGACGAAUUCACUAUAGAAUUGAAAUCUGAAUCCUAUGGUAUGUUAGCAUACAUAAUUCCUGAUCAACCUCAGACUCAAUAUGAACCUAGAAGAGACAUUGGAGUUACAAAACCUUAAUUUAUGAAUAAAGCUAUUUAUUCAGAUUAGAUUGCUUAAGAAAAUAAUAAUAUUGUUUAAAGGUAUUAGUUUAUAAAUGAGAGAAUCAAGUUCAAUAAUAUCCAAUCCUCCUUUAAGAUAUUAUCCUAAAAUGUAUCCUUGA